UCAAGGUAAGAGUCCGAGACAGUUAAGAAAAUGGCGUCUGAAUGUGACGUUACGACAACCCAUGAGUACAUUUGUCCAUUUCCUGACUGUUUUAAGACGUUCUCGAGGCCUAAUCGACUGGAAAUUCACCAGCGUUCACACACGGGAGAGAAACCCUUUAAGUGUAUAGUUCCAGGCUGUGGAAAGAAGUAUGCUCGUUCAUCUCAUCUACGCAGGCAUGAAGAAAACAGUCAUGAACUCAAUGGGGUACCUGUACCACAGAAGCAAGUUAGGUGUACAGUGGAUGGAUGUGGAAUGACCUUCACCUUGGUGCAAAAUCUCAAAAAACACACCAAAAGGAAACAUAUGCAGCGUCAGUUCACAUGUGAAUAUGAUGGAUGUGGAAAAUCCUUCAAGAAGAAUCAACACCUCAAAGUUCAUGAGUUUGAACACACAAAAAUCAAACCUUUUCUGUGCUCAUAUGAGGGAUGUGGCAUGAGGUUUCUGGUGCCAAGCAAAUUACACCGGCAUGAAAAAGUGCAUACAGGAUACAAAUGUGAUGAAUUGGGAUGCAAUGAAUCUUUCUCCAAGUGGACACUACUAAGGAAACAUAAAGCCACACAACAUGCACUGGAGAGAAAGUGUCCACAGUGUGGGAAAACCUUCAGUACCAGACAAUGGCUAAGGCAACAUAUGAGUGUUCAUUCGUCUGAGCGUGAACUUUUUGCCUGUCCCCGUGAUAACUGUGGGCGUUCCUAUCUCAAUCAACGAAAUCUUCAUGCCCACAUCCGCUCAUACCACGAUGGCAACCGUAUAGAGUGUCCAUACCCAGAUUGUCACAGGCGCUUCACCACUGAGCAAAAGCUUAAGCAACAUCAAGAUGUACAUAACCCCAAUAAACCACCCCCUAAGAAAAGAUCAAGGAAAACCAAACAAAAAAAUAUAGCUGCUGUUCUUUCUGGUGUGAAAGAGAAAGAUUUGCAUGAUGUGGAUGAUAUAACAACCCCCAUAGAGGAUAGACUGAUUGAUGUAACAGCCAUCACCCACGAGGAUAAGCUAAAUAAAGAUUCGCACAAGGCUGUUAUCACAGCUACACAAGACCUAGAGAAUAGACUGAUUGAUGAUUCCCAGGAGGGGGAUGUCCCAGCCACACAAAGUAGGCUAAAUAAGGACUCCCACAAGGACGGUGUUGUGACCCCACAGGAAAAACUAAAUAAGGACUCCCACAAGGACGGUGCUGUGAUCCCACAGAAAAAACUAAAUAAGGACUCCCACAAGGACGGUGUUGUGACCCCACAGGAAAAGCUAAAUAAGGACUCACACAAGGACGGUGUUGUGAUCCCACAGGAAAAACUAAAUAAGGACUCACACAAGGACGGUGUUGUGAUCCCACAGGAAAAACUAAAUAAGGACUCCCACAAGGACGGUGUUGUGACCCCACAGGAAAAACUUAAUUCACACAGCAUUACAACCUCACAGCAGAACGGACAGUGUAACGGUCAGAAGGACGAGACUUUUGUAGAGAUGAGAGACUGUUUUGUAAAUGUAGAGUUAGGUGAAGAGAAGGGAAAUAGUGCUGAGGAAACAGAGCAGAGUGGUGGAGAGAUUGUAGAUGUUAGUGUUAGUUGUAAGACCCCAGUUCCAUGUGAGGAUACAGACUCUGUGCUAACUGAUGAGUGUAGUAUGUUGGAGAGUGACUGUCAUAGUAAGUCUUCUAGUGAUUCAGACUCGGGAAAUCUGACCUCAGACUCGAUAAGUUUGACCUCAGACCAACAAUCUGAGACUCAUGUGUCUUCAACUGGUUCAAUAGACAAAAUGUGUACAUGUUUCUGUGAUGAACGUCAAGCGCUUGAAGUAGCAGCUGAUGAUUUAGGAGGGGAGCCCAGUGUUCUCCAACGUCUGUGUGUUUCCUCGUCAUGCUUAUUGGAGACACAAUGUAAUUGUCAAGAGUCACACAAACAUACAAGACAUUCAUCUGGUCGUAUUCAAGAGAAGAGAAGGAACGAAAUGUAUGAUCUGUAAAAUCCUGGCAGAUCAUGAAAUAAUGGUAACAAGCAAAAUAAAGUACAUUUAGAUGUCUUAUAUCA